AUGUUUCCUCAAACAGGAGAGUGGGCCGGUGGUGAAGCUGCUUUUCCUGCAGCUAUCAAAGCUUUAAAUCAAAUAAAUCAGCGUGAAGAUAUUUUAUCCGGUUAUUAUCUAAAUUUAUCUGCUUACGAUACACGAGUAAAUAACAAUCUGUUUUUUCCAUAUCUUCCAUCCUAUACAAAUCAAAAUAAUAUGUAUAAAUCUACAUGA